GCCAGUCCCCUCCACCCACGCUGCACCCUCCUCCCACGCCGGGACGCGACAGGAGAACGGAGAUCGCCGCGACUGCGUAGCCGCGGGGUCCGUCCGGGAACCACCACCGGAUUGCCGUAGUUUCGGCGAGCAGUUCUUGCGUGAUCGGUGGGUUUCGGGCGGUUGGGAGAUGAGCGACAGCACCCCCGGUAAACGAAGAGCGGAACCGCAGCAAGAAGGGAGUGGCCGCAAGAGGAAGGAUGGCUCCCCCACCAGCGUCACCAUGGAGCUCGAGGUCCUGGACUGCCCCGUCUGCUAUGAACCCCUGCGGCCUCCAAUAUUUCAGUGUGCUGUGGGGCAUCUCAUAUGUUCAUCCUGCUGUGGCAAGCUCCCAAAACCUAAGAAAUGCCACCACUGCUCCUGCGAAAGUGACUACAACCGCUGCCAUGGGAUUGAAAAAGUCAUUGGAUCUAUCCAAGUUCCUUGCUCCAACACCAUCUAUGGAUGUUCCAUGAAGACAAGCUACUACGAAAGGGGAGAUCAUGAAACAACCUGCCCGCGUGCACCAUGCUUCUGUCCUGACACUAGCUGUAGCUUCUCCGGAUCAACUGGAAUGCUCCAAGAACAUUUCAUUGACGAGCACCAGUGGUGUUCCACCAAGUUCAGGUAUGGCUGGUGCUUUUACACUAACAUCCAGGAAGGGGUCCAUGUCAUCUCUGGCGAAGAUGACCAGUUGUUCCUGCUCAACAUUGUAUUAGAGCCGUUUGGCUGUGCCAUCUCGGUGUUCUGUGUGCAGCCUCAUGACACGGACCUGAAAUUCCGGUGUGCUCUGUCCUUCAACUUCUGGAAGAACAACUCGUACCAUGCCCAGUCUUCAGAGUUCCAAGUGCCAAGCACGAAACUCUCUGAUGGGUUACCAAGGGAUUGUUUCCUGUUCAUUGUGCCCAUGUUUUAUCUGGACGAGGACAGCAAAGUCUGUGUCACUAUGAGGAAGCCUUCAGCAUGAAAAACCUGACUCCACGCCCUCAGGUGCUCACUGUCACAUGCAAUCCUUUUUGCUUCGGGAUAUGUAACAGCUAUCGUACUGAUGGUUUUAUCAACCACCAUAUCUAAACUUCUCGUGUUUAGUAGCAAGUAUCCCUAUUAUGUACCAGUGUUAUUUUGGUCGAGUGUUAGGCGCUCUGCUAUGGAUAUAAAGUUGUAACAGCACAAGUAUCAGUUCCGGCUUGCUAGUAAUACUCUUGGGAGAAUUACCUGAAGAUGGGGUUUGGUGCACAA